AGCAGUGCGGUACGGCUCGGUUUGGUGCGGUUGGCUUUGCUUUGAUGAUUUGCGGGAGAUUUACAAUCAACAUUUUAACUAAAUAAAUAAGACACGUUUUUUUUACAUUGAUUAAAUGAUUUUAUUACUAUAACGAGGCACUUAAUAAAUCACGCAAAAGUGUUUGACUACGUUUAAUAAAAAGUGAUUCAAACGCUGAUUGCUGUGAGGCAAAUACUUUUGUGGUCUGAUAAAUUACUAUUGCAUACUUCUUCUAGCAUUUAUCAGCUCUAGCAACACUAUACAAUUUUACCUGCCAUGGGCAAUUUGACCUCCACGAACACCGCAUCAAUGGAUAUCAGUCCGCAUGCUGCCGACCAUCAAAACCGCAAUCACAGACACAGCUACAAUGUCACCGAACAAGUGAGUGAUGAUGAGUCGCCUGAUAAUCACAGCAAUAACCCCAACAACAACAUCGGCAACGUAACAAUCAGAGUCAAUAACGGAUUGAGCAAUGGCAGCGGCGCCAGCGGUAACGCUAAUGGAAAUGGCACCACAGCAGCCGGCAAUGGUGUAGCGAAAGUACCGCGUUCAUAUGAGCCACGCGAGCAGCGCAUCAUCACCAAGAAUGUAAUCGUUAUCGGCCUGGCAUUUAUGAUACACUUCACUGCUUUCCAUGGCACUUCGAAUUUGCAGAGCUCAGUAAAUUCGGACAAGGCGUUGGGCACCACAACGCUUGCUGUCAUUUAUGGCUCGCUGAUUUUAUCCAAUAUAUUUCUACCGAUGACAGUUAUAAGAUGGUUUGGCUGCCAUCUCACUAUGACAUUGGCUUUCUUCGCCUAUAUGCCGUUUAUGGCAGCGCAGUUCUAUCCACGCUUCGAGACACUUAUACCAGCAGGUUUGAUGGUCGGUUUUGGAGGCGGUCCACUGUGGUGCGCAAAAUGCACCUACCUCUCCACAGUUGCGGAGGCACUGACUCAGGUACGUGGCAAUGAGUCGCGCAAGGAUGUGAAUACAGUGAAAUUCUUUGGCCUUUUCUUCAUUUUCUAUCAAAUGGCGCAAGUAUGGGGCAACUUGAUAUCUUCUUCAGUAUUAUCCUUUACCUCUUCGGCUACCGCAGAGGUAAAUUCUACGCUCGAAGCUCUCGUCACACCACCGCCCAUAGAAAGUCGCGUGGGUGAACUGUGUGGCGCCCGUUUCUGUCCUGGCAUUAGCGCUGAAGUUAAUCCGAAUUUAAUGCCCCCCGAGCCGGCGAAAAUCCAGCUGCUCACCUCAAUUUUCCUGAUUUGCAUGGCCUCAGCAGUGGCGCUAAUGCUCUUCGGCGUGAACUCCCUGAAGCGCUACGGCGUGCAUCGCACCGACUCCGGCGAUGGCAUGUCCGGCUUGCGCCUGCUUACCGUGACCAUAAAUAUGCUGCGCAAGCGUCGCCAAUUGCUCAUUCUGCCUAUUACAAUGUUCAUUGGAUUGGAGGAAGCCUUUCUGGCUGUGGAUUAUACGCGCUCGUUUGUCGCCUGCGGCUGGGGCAUUUCGAAAAUUGGUUUUGCCAUGAUUUGCUUCGGCGUGGCCAAUGCCAUCGCUGCUGGCAUUGCAGGCGCUCUUGUUGAGCGAUUGGGCCGCAUCACCUUGUUCGCCGCCUGUGCGCUCUUAAAUGCUUCGCUUUUCAUUUACAUGUUCUUGUAUGAGGCGCGCGAAGGCGAUUAUGUGAAGUACUGCGCAUUUGCAGCAAUUUGGGGUAUUUGCGAUGGUGUGUGGUUGGUGGUGGUGAAUGCUUUUUAUGGCAUUCUAUUUCCAAACCAUCUCAUCGCCGGCUACAGCAACUUCCGUUUGUGGGAAUCAACUGGUUCGGUUAUUGGUUAUAUAAUCAGUUCACAGUUGUGCACGGGGACGAAAUUGGUAAUACUGCUGUGUGUGUUGGGCGUCGGAAGCGCAGGUUAUGGCGUUACCGAAUAUCGUUUGCGUAAAAAACAAAAAGCGCUGGAGCUUAUGUUGAGUGAUUAAAUGUGGGAAUUUCUGCAACUAUUCCUUAAAGUGUGUUUUAGUUUUAAGUUAGAGAGAUUAAGAUAUUUUAAAUCAAAAAUAUAUAGUUAGCACUUUUUUUCGUGAAUAAAACUCGAUUUUUUAUUUAUAUUCUUGAUUUUAGUUUUUUUUUUAUUACAAUCCAUUUAUAUAAUUUCACGCAUACACACGCAUUACAUUAUCAGUUAAUUAUGUAUAGUGUUAGUACAAUGGGGGCUUGUUCGUUUUAUUUUAGCUAUGUACACGGUUACAUA